AUGUCACAAAGUCGCAUAAAAGGGGUCACCGAAGUCGAUGGGUUUUAUACGAUUCGACAUUCUCUUCGCCCUAGAGGGUGUGCCUAUUUGACAUUACCCAUCCUGGAACGCGACCCGCCCUCGAAUUCAAAUUCUUCUUUUCCUACGGACGAGCCACGAACUCAAACAAGUGGCUAUCAUCCCCGUGACGAAGUCGAUAACGAUUAUUCGCGACCUAGUGACUGUGACUCUGAUUCUGAUUUACGAUUUCCAAAGCGCCCUCGUCUUACAAAACCUUCAACUAGGAAAAAACAAAUAAUGAGACUUCCAAAAAAAGAAAACGGUGUUGGAAGUAGUACUAAUGGUGUUCCAGCUACUAGCAAUGGUACUUCCCAAACUGUUACUAAUGGUCAAGCUUCAACUCUUGCAACUUUGCAAAAUCCUAGACGAGAAGAGCUUGUUCGACUCAUGGUGCAAGCAAUGCAAGACAUGGGCUAUAGUAAAUCCGCUGCUCAACUUGAAAAAGAAUCUGGCUUUUUACUUGAAAGCUCUGCUGUUGCAAAAUUCAGGGAUGGUGUGUUAAAAGGUGAUUGGGAUUUGGUUGAAAGUCUUUUCCCAACAUUGGAACUAGAUCAAAACCAAGAUAUCGUGGUUGUACGGUUUCUAAUUCGCCAACAGAAAUAUUUGGAAUUGCUAGAAAGAAGAGAAAUAAAAUUAGCACUAUAUACGUUAAGAAGCGAACUUACACCCCUUGCAUUUAAUACCGAAAGGCUCCACUUGCUAUCUAGCUUUAUAAUGUACUCUAAUGCUGAAGAUUUAAGACGCAGAGCUGAAUGGGACGGAGCCAGUGGAUCUUCGCGUCAAAAAUUAUUGUUGGAGAUACAAAAAUCUUUGCUUGAACAGGCUACGACUUUUCAACGUAUAUCAUGCCUAUAUCAUAAUUCUGAUAAAUAUAUUUCUUUAUAUUCUGACCAUGUUUGUGAUAGAUCACAAUUUCCUUCAAAAACUACUCAUAUAUUUGAACGACAUGAAGACGAGGUUUGGUAUGUUGCAUUCUCAAAUAAUGGAAAAUUUUUGGCUUCGGCAUCAAAGGAUAAGACAGCAAUCAUAUGGAGCCUUGAGACAUUGGAUUAUGUGCACGAAUUGAAAGCACAUUCGGAUUGUGUUUCUUUUUUAUCUUGGUCUCCAGAUGAUACUAAAAUUUUAACAUGUGGUCAAGACAAUGAGAUAAAGCUUUGGAGUGUAGAAUCCGGAGAAUGUUUAAAUACAUUGGAAAAACACCGUGAGCCUGUAACCGCUU